AGCGUCAUCCCCGCCGGCAAUCGCUGUUUGGCUAAUAUUGGAGUUGAUUUUUGCUGCUGUUUCUCAGUAGUAAUUGAGUUGAUUUUAUUGAGGAAGAGAUAUGGGAAGCCAAGAAAAUGUUAAACAUAUUGAGGAUUGCUCAGUUUCAAAGUAGUUUGUCUAAGAUGACAGAAGGAAUCUCGAAAAGUUCUACCGUUUGUAAUCUGAACUGUAUCAUUUUAUUAAGUGCGUUGGGUACUUGGGUAUUCUCAGUAGCAGGAGCGUUGCUAGCAAUUCCAGUGGGAAUAAAGAGGAAAUCACUUGCACCCCUUGUCUUUUUUGGCACAACUGGUACUAUGCUUGACAUUAUAAUGGGAAUUAGUGCUUGUGAAAGAGAACAUGCUGAGCGUCAAAUGAAGCUAUUAGAGGAAGCUCAAAACUCUGCUCCUCAAUCGUCUCUUAACGAUUCCAAUUCCCAUUCUUGAUUUUUUGCUAACACGGUUGUAUCACCCGUUCGUAUCGUGCCAUGCUUAAUGACCUUUUCUUCCCCCAACUGUGUUAAAUGAUGAACACUCUUGUGGCAUGGCCUUUGGCUGGGUUUGUUCAGCCUUCUUUCAAAUCACAGUGACAUUGCAUCAGUUAUGGUUCACGAAAUCGUUUGCCUUGGCUUUAUUGAUUUGCAAUAAAAUUAUUCUUUAGUUACUAA